AUGCCUACUUUGCCGUACACUGCUGCAGUGGGGCCCUUCUCUAGACUCGAGUGGUCCAUAAGCUCGAACCCAGCAGCAGCAGCAGCAGAAAGAGCAGCAGCAGCAGCAGCAGCAGCGCAGCAACAGGCCCGAGUGCAGCAGCUGCAGCAGCAGCAGCGGCAGCGGCAGCCACUGGGCGAGCAGCAGCAGCUGCUGCUGCAACAGCAGCAGCGCUUCAACUGGCAGCAACAGCAGCACCUGCGUUUCGACCAACAGCAGCAGGAAGAGCUGCAGCAGCAGCUGCAGCAUCAGGGGCAUCGUCAGCUCCACUCCACACGUUCUGCAGCAGCAGCUGCGCCUUCCUCACCUCCCGCAGCAACCACAGCAGCAGCAGCAGCAGCAGCAGCAGCAGCACGCCUCACCCCUACGGAGCCCUCCGCUGCUGCCCACCCCUCCCAGCUCCAGCAGCCGUCGCACCAGCAGCAGCAGCAGCAGCAGCAGCAGCAGCAACAGCAGCAGCAGCAGCAGCAGCAGCAGCAGCAGCAGCAACAGCAGCAGCAGCAGCAGCAGGGGGCACUGGCCUUUUUGCUGGGGCCCCAGGCCCCGCUGCAGCAGCAGCAAGCCAAGCUCAGAGAGGGCCUCACUCCUUACCAGGCCGAGCUCUUCAUGUGGCAGAGACAGCUGACAGAAAUUCGCCGCAUUUACAGGGCCCAGUAUUUGCAGCGGCUGGCAGAAGUGACUCGCGAGGAGAAGCAAAGACACCAGUUGCUGCUGCAGCAAACCAGGGAGGAUAAGCGCUUGAGACGCGAGGAGGCCCUCGACCGUUUGCUGGAAAAGACGAAGAGAAGGGCCGUGCUGCUCGAGCGGCAGCAAAUAGAACGCAAAGACGAAGAGAAGCUGGCGCUGAUAGACGAAAAGCUGGAGCAGCUGACGCAGCAAAUUGAGCAGCAAGCUGAAGUCCGGGGGGCCCCCACGGACUUGCUGCUGGUGCAGCUAAGAGACCACCUCGAAGCAGCCAAACAGGCCUACCUGGAGGGGCAGUACCUUGAGGAGACGGAGCAAAGAAUGCAGCAGCAAGAGCAGCAGCAACAGCAGCAGCGACAGCAGCAGCAGCAGCGACAGCAGCAGCAGCAGGGAGGGGCAGCAGAAGACUCCAAAGAGUAA